GAAACUCUUUGCGAGUCCGAACCGCGUCCCACCGAGGCAUUACUAUGGCGACGAGAGUGUUUGGUGGAGGUUCUGUCGGUGAAACAACAGCCCUGUUUUUAAUGGAGAAGUGAUGGAAGUGGCACACACUGCAUCAGAGACAUUCACUGACAGUCAAAGGAAGAAGACCCCUCUUCCACUGUGCCGACUGGUGGAGGACAGAAAAAGAAGUCCCUCUAAUGUCCCUCAUCACCUACUAGAGACCCAAACCUAUACCAAACUCAAGAGCAACAGUGCAAUCCAAGCAGAACCCUCAGCACUUCACUUCAGUGGGUUUAAACUGGGGAAGGACUAUCACAGGAGCCUGAAAUUGAUCAACAUAUCAUCUGAAGUGAUCAACAUUCACAUUAUCCCCACCCAAACAAAGCAUUUCAAAACAAAAUAUUUAAAAAAGCAUCGUCUUGUCCCUGGACUGUCCUACACAGUGAAGGUACACUUCUGUCCUGACGAAUGGCGCUACUUCUACGACUGUAUUCGGAUUCAUUGCAAGGGGGAAGAGAAUUUACAGGUUCCAGUCCAUGCCUAUCCCAUCAUCGAUGACUUGCUCAUCCCAACACACAUCACCAUACCAGCUGUACCACUGGGCCAAAGUGUCAGCCAUGUGAUCCCUCUGAGCUGCAGCUGUCCCAUUGACUUUGAGUUCCAGGUGCACAUCAUCCAGCCACACAAGGCCUUCUCUGUCCUGCCCCUGUCAGGAGUGAUUCCAGCCAAUGGGAAGGUGGAGGUGACCGUCACAUUCAGGCCGUUCAAGUAUGACACCUCCCAGGUCACUCUACAGGUGGUCAUCUCCCAGUUCAACUCUAAACCCUAUGUCUGCACCAUCAGCGGGUCCUCCUCGCCCCUCCUGGCACUCAGUCAACAGGAGAAAGACAUGGGACACGCAAGAGAAGUUUUGUUUGUUGACAGUCGAGGGCCUCCACCUGUCUCCUUGAUACAGCCUCUGACCAAAACCAAGCAGAGGUCAAUGCGGACACCUGAAAAGUCAAAGACUGUAAGGGAGAGAAGAGAGAGUGAUGUGAAGCUGAGCCUGAAGACUGCAGUUGAUGUGUCCACCCCUGCUGGAGUGGUCAAGAUACUGAUACAACAGACUGAUAAACUGAGCUCUAAAGACCUGAGGGAAGCCAUGAUGUCCCAACCUAAGCUGGGCCUCCAGACAAGACAGAUGAAGGAGGCAUUCUUUGAGACCAGGGUUCAACAGGACAUCCAGGAGGAGAGAGCCAAUCAUCUCAGAUGGCAAGUUCACCUUGGGAAGGACCCUGUCUCGACACAGACCAAAAUGCAGGUUUUGGAGGAGAGAGAUGUUGCAGAUUAUGAAUAUAUGGUUAGAAAAGGAGAGGUGAGGGAGGAGAGGGACUUUGCUCGAGGCCAACCUAAGCUCUCUACCAGACGGGUCCUGCGUAACACAGGCCAGGCACCGGUGGGCACGCCUUCCUUCCGCAUGUACUCCAGCAGUCAUCUGGAGAUUAGGCAGAGAGCUCUGAGGCUCUUCCAGCAGGCAGCCCUCAAGGUGGUGAUUCAAUGUCGUGUGAACAACAGACUGGUCUCGUUGAGGAGGCUGACUCGAAGCUUGAAGCGCCUGUCCAUAGGAGUAAGAGUUGAGGAGGAGACCUUUCAUCUCCCGAAGAUCUCACCAGACAGCGUGAUUCCGUUCACAUUCCCUAUCUUCUCCCUUCCUAACCAGUCUGAUGAACUGGCUCCCAAUGCAUUGGGUGCCGUCCCUGUUAGGCCUAUUGAGGUCCUGGUCAAACGACACACUCCAUUCUUCAAUCUGAAGGUUCCCCAGCACUACAAGUUAAUGGGGUACCAGCCUGUUUCGGCCUUUGAGGCUGCUGCUAGCUACAUUCCCCCAACCCAGCCCAGGACGCUAUGCACUGGGGCACAGGAUGAAUUGUUGCCCAGAGUGAUCCGUUCUCCCUCGGGGUGUGCAGUGGCCAAGCCAGAGGGCGAGGAGGAUGUGGAGCAAGAGGACGAGUGUCCCAGUCUGAGCUUCACGGCCCCCACCGCCCUGCUGAAGCCUCCCUACGCCCACCCCCUCAGAAUCUUUAACCCAGCCCCCGGUCUCCAUGCCUUCAAAGCAGACCCCCUCUACCUAGAGUGUGAUCUGGAGUUCCACCUGUGUCCACUGCCCCGGUACACCAUCCCAAAGCCCUCUGUGUUUGGAAUGCACACCCCCAGCACUCAGAAGAGAUUUUUGGACCGAACAGAUGUGAUCCGAGGUGUGAUGACCUGGAAGAAGUUCCCAUCGGCUGCCCUGGCCGCUCUGUCCAACACUCCCACACUCACCAGUAGCUGGGCCCCGCGCGUGUCUGACCCCUUCAACAGUGACAUACUGCCCACCCUGGCGCCCACAGCUCUGAAUGGCCUUCCAGAAGAUAUGACAGAGGAGCUACUGGAUGGACAAUCUGAAAGCACGGGAGUAUCUCUCACGCCUGAGAUGAUCCGAGCCGAGUUUCCCCUGCCAGAGAAUGUACCUUCCACUCCCAGACAGCUGAAAGACGACAGCUUUAAAGAUGACAGCAGUUCCCUGAGUCCCUGUAAAACUCCCCAGAUGAUGCCUCUCAGUACAGCAAACAUCUCCAGGGAAUCAAGAGAGCAGCAGCUGGAGAUGUUUCUGAAGUCUCAGACCAAUAGACUUGGUGCCAAGGUGAUGGCGCGACUCAACCACCUGAAUAUUGUGGGCAAGACUAAUUCACCCUCUACACCAGAGAAUAAAUAGUGCUAUAUUUGUUAUGAGGCACUAAGGUUGAUGCAGGAAAUGUCAGAUUACAGUACCAACAUACAUUGACUGAUAUAUUUCAUAUAAUACAUUUCACUGUAAAAUAUCAUUACUGUAGCUGUGCUAUUGUAUAGUUACCACACUGAUGCUGUGCCCAUCAUCUUGCAUUGACACUGACCAAUUCAUCCAAGGACAUUUUCAUUUAAAACAGUCUUUAUGUACUUUAAAUUUUGGCUUCUUGUUUCAUUUAAUUAAUGACAGGCCUUUCUGGCAAAUAAAAUAAUUG